CUCCCCUCAUGCACAGGAUGUCCUCCGUCCGUCUGUUCAGCUUGUUGUAGGCGGAUCAUCUCAGUCAGUCAGAUGUUUGUCCAAUCCAAACCUCUCUGUGUGUUUUCUCAACGCCCCCUUCCACGUCGACUCGCACUCUCGCCAUAUUUCCAGUCCUGUGCAUCCCGCUACCCGGUUUUCCACCAAGUUGGACAGACCAUACCGUGUGAAAAGGAUCUACUUCAGAGUAAAAAGGGGACAUCUUCAUUAGCUCUCUAGCUGUGUCUGUUAGCUCAUUCUGCAACAAUGAACAUCUUCAGACUGACAGGAGACCUCUCUCAUCUGGGUGCCAUCAUCAUCCUGCUACUCAAAAUAUGGAAAAGCAGGUCAUGUGCAGGUAUCUCUGGAAAGAGCCAAAUCCUGUUUGCCAUAGUGUUUACCACACGCUACUUGGAUCUGCUCACCGCCUUCAUCUCCCUCUAUAAUACAUGCAUGAAGGUGAUCUACAUUGGAUGUUCAUAUGCCACAGUCUACCUGAUCUACAUGAAGUUCAGGGCCACCUAUGAUGGAAACCAUGACAGUUUCAGAAUGGAGUUUCUGGUUGUUCCUGUUGGAGGUCUUGCUGUUCUCAUCAACCAUGACUUCUCUUUCCUAGAGAUCCUUUGGACAUUCUCCAUCUACCUGGAGUCUGUGGCAAUCCUGCCUCAGCUCUUCAUGAUCAGCAAGACCGGCGAGGCAGAGACCAUCACCACCCACUACCUGUUCUGUCUGGGCCUGUAUCGAGCCCUCUAUCUCUUCAACUGGAUCUGGCGUUUCUAUUUUGAGGGCUUCUUUGACAUGAUUGCCAUUGUGGCUGGUGUGGUCCAGACUGUGCUCUACUGUGACUUCUUCUACCUUUAUGUCACCAAAGUGUUGAAAGGCAAGAAGCUGAGCCUGCCAGCGUAAAGCAUCUAGGAGACGGCGACUCCCAGCAGACUCAGGGGGUGUGGAGAUGACACCUUGGAAUCUCAUGACCUAAAAAGGAUGCCUGAGACAGAAAGCCACCUAAUGGGGGAAAAAACACUAGUCUUCUUGAUAAACAUUGAUGGAACUGGUAAAAGCCAACAGACACCAGAGCUGAACAACGAUCUCCCAGGUCAACCUUUGGAUUUCUGUGUUCAGCAUCUUGCCUUAAACGUUUUUUCAUUGCUUGCUGUUCAAACAGGAGAAAGGCUUUUUUUUUUCUACAUGUGAGGUGUAUACACAUUUCUUUUUUUUUUUUUAAACAAUGUCAUCGAGUGUCAACUCCUGAGAAGUACCUUGUUUGACCUGGUAAUGAAAUGCACAAAUGUCUUAUUAAAGGGUGAGAUAAAGAGUCAUGUAUCCGAGUGCCUCAUGAGGAUUUUGUCCAGAUCUCACAGUAUUCUUUUUAUUUAGUUUCAGGAUUUUUUUUUUUUCCUCAACAUUUGUAUGCAUAUGUAAUACAUGUAUCCUCUCAUGGAGACAUUUUUAAAAGGCAAACACCAGUUUUGUAAAAACAUUACUUUCUAAAAUCUAUUAAGACAACAUUUAAAAAAAAUCUUUUUGUAUGUAGAGCUCGUUCAGUUUAAAAAGUAACCCAUACAACAAGCUUUUUGUCGAAUGUGUGUUUUUAAAAUGUGGGUUUUCUCAUUUGGAAUUAAACCUUUCAUGUGUUUCCUGAUUUUCUUUUCCUCAGCUUACUGUCGUGAAGAAGCUACAAUGUACCUGUUGUUCUCCAGCUUUAAAAUAGAUUUUGUACCAACUUUGAGCAUUCACACAUCGGUUCGGAUGUAGAUAGAACAUGAACUUUGUCUCUGCUAGUAACAUGCAGUACCUCGGUAACAAGCUCAUGAACAUCUUCCAAUACAGAUGUGACUGAAGUUCACUACGGUCAGAGAAAAAACAACAACGAAUGACUGAACAGUGUUUACAGUUGUCUAGCUGGGAGGGGGAGUGUGCAGAAACUUGGCAUGAGAAUCGUCAAGCACUUGGACUGGUUGUGACAUUUCAACUACAUCUGGAGCGUGAGCAUUUCAACAGACCUGGCGUUAUGCUAAGUAGAAAUUGAGCAGGGGUGAUCACAGUGUUCAAUGUGUGCAUUUCUUUUAAAGACCUCUUGUUAUCUUUAGCUUUUUUUUGCAUGAUAUCACCUCCAUUAAAGAUUUUAU